AUGGAUUACUAGAAUACAUUAAUUGUUCCAAUCGAUAUUUUGGGUGAAAUAUCAAAAGAAACAUUUUAGAAGUAUUUAUCUAUAAUAUGUAGGGUGAUUAUGAGAAAUAUUAUUUCUGGAUCAACAUAAGAAUUUGAUAUUAAUAAUGGUGUUGUAUUUAAAAAAUCGAUUCUUAAUUAAUUAGAUUAGUCAAUGUGUAAAGAUAUAGGUUGGACUUAUGACAAAGAUGAAAUUCUGAGUUUAAUUUAUCCUACGUAUUUAAAGAAUUUAUUAUAGAAAACUUAAUAUUAAAAGUAUGAUAAUGUUAAUGGUUGUAAAUUUAUAAAAUGAUGGAAUUUAUGAAAAGGUUGAUAGUUAAAGAGAAUUAAUAAGAGGAGAAAAAUAUUAGGUUGGAUUACCUGCAGGAGUCAAUAAAUAGAUAAUUUAAAUAUAAUAAGAUGAAAUAAUCAUAAAUUCUCAAUCUUUUGUUAUAAAAGAAGGAAUGCAAAUUCUUUUUGUUAAAAAAAUCUAAGACAAUACAUUUUAAUAAAUAUAAAUGAUAAAUCCAAAUGAUUGUUCAUCUCGCAAACAUGCUCAUAUUAAAGUUUAGAAUGGAAGAGUAUUUUUGUACGAUGGGUAUGAUAACUAAGUUUCUAAGAAUGGUGUGUGGAUUUUAGUUCGACAUUAGAAAUUUUCAAAUCUAAAUUAAUAUUGUUUUCAAGAUUUUAGAUUAGCUAUAAAACUGAAGUAUUGA